CAAAGCAAGGCUAUGAUCAUAAGGUCCGGCCCAGGUCCAGACAAUUUCAGAUGAAACAGAUCGUUAUCGAUUUGAAGCCGAUGUGUCGCAUCCAUCGAUCAUAGAUCUCCUCCACAGCGUCGUCGUUGAACUCAAAAUUGCAUUCCUCGUCGAUACUGAAUCCGGUUAUAUUUUUAGUCGGAAUCCGCCCCACAUUUACCGGCGCAAUUCUCCCAAACGCCAAUGGUUACGUCUCUCUAAGAGUCGCGCUAAGACCACCGAUCCGCUCUUGGCAUACUACUCUCGGAUUUAGUUCGUUCACCUGAAAAGCUCUACGCAGUGAUUCCAGAAUCUGUCAUAUCUAGCAGCAUCGGAAAUGGAAGGGAGCGUUAUCUCUGCGACCAAGGAUGUCGUGCAGCGAAGAUGAUGGCUCAACGGUUGAAUCGAAAAUGGAAGAGGAACUGCGCCCACGUCUCCUCCACACUCGCUCCGUGAAGUCCAGACGAGGCCCGGUAUCUAUCACGAUGGCGGACGAAAGGUAUGACAAAUCGGAUACAUCGGAUAUGUGUCACGGUAGAUGGAUUGCCCAUCUCGAAGAGAUUGCUAUCUGGAGCACAGAAAGAGUCAGGAUCGGUCUAGAGAUCUGGAGAGAGGGGUGAAGAUAAGAUAGAAUCAGUCCACGUACGCUCUCUUUUUGCACUAGAUCACAAGAAGAAGUUUUGACCGUGCCCAUUCCGAAGGCUUGCCCCGUGAGCUAGAGAACAAAAUGAGUUUUUUGAGGCAAGAUUCGUGGAGUUCGAGUGACGGAGAAGGAUCUCCAGAUGGAAGGAGACGCGACACGACCAGAGCGGGCUUCCGACUGCCAUGGGCAGUCGGAAGUAUGGCGAGUCUCACCGGAUGCUUGACAGAUAAUUCUUAUCUACCCAAACCGCCGGGCCCCGGUGGUCCUCCGGGCACACCAACGUCACCUGGAGCCGGAGGACUACAGGGGCCUCCAGGGGCACCGGGCCUUCCGGGGCCUGCCGCGGCUGCCGGGCCUGCGGGACCACCAGGGCCGAGGGGACCUCAGGGUCUACCAGGACCGGCGGGACCGCAGGGUCUACCAGGGCCGGCGGGACCUCCGGGACUACCAGGGCCGGCGGGACCUCAGGGUCUACCAGGACCGGCGGGACCUUCGGGACCUCCCGGACCUCCCGGACCUCCGGGCCUCCCGUCUUCCGCAGAAGCAGGAACCAUCGAAGCGCCCGGGCCAGCAGCACCUCUGGCCCUCCCCGAGCCGGAACGCCGAGCCCAGACCGCGGACUACGUACCAGGUAAGACGGUGACCUUAGCCGGUGGGAGGCUUUUGCAUAUGUCCAGAGAAGCGCAGCUGUACGAAGCGCGACAGAGAAGGGAGGAGGCUCAGAUGCCGACCAUCGGACGGCCUCCGAUCAACUAUCCGGCGCAGCUGCCACUGAUGCAGCAAGUGUGGCAGCCGAUCAUCUGGCCGCAUUCGGGCCCUUCUCUCCACGACCUGCUGCUUCCGAGCUCGCCGCUCAUCAACUACGGCCAUCGCUCUUGGCCCGUAACAAACCCGCACUCAGUCGUCAGGAGUUUGAUGUCAUUUUUGUGGCCCGGCACGAACCCCAGGAAGAGCUGGAGAACAGAUCAUGGGAUGCUGACAAGACUCAACCGGCUCAUUAACGAAUACAACGCUUAUGGACUCCCUCAGUCGAUUCACCAUGAUUUCCACCACGAAGAACGCAAUCCUUCUGCCGAUCUUGCAAGGCAGAUCCAAAAUCCUGCAUGGAGAUGCCGGUGCUGGAGAUAUACACUCGGCGACAGCUAUUUUAAUGACACGGAUGUUACAAUCAUCACAAGACUCGGUGGGCUGUGGAUUGACGAUUCAGCAAAACUUAUUUCUCUCUUCCAACGGCUCGUUGUCUCGUUGGUACUUUAUUACCUAAGAUCUCCAGAAUUUCUUCAAAGGCAUCCAGAUGUGAUACCGGACACACGAGAUGACAAAUGGCCAGCAGAUUACAUUGAGUUCUUCGAAUUAAUGAUGGAAAGAAGAGGAUAUGACGCCCUCAGAGGAAAGAACUACAGCCUUCGAGUGCCUGACAGAAAGCUUCUCAGCGAACUGACAGGCAUGACUACGGAGCGUAUCAAAAACAGACUUACUCAAAGAAGCCGAGACGAUAAUAUUCGAAGGGAGCUUCAGCCCGAUCUUGCAAAGGGCUUGACGGAGAUAGAAAAACUGUAUUGGGACGAAUAUCUGCUGCCCCGUUUCCUGCUGGAUCCCCUGUUUGGCGUUAUCAACAUUUCUGAAGCGACGCAUCUUGAGUUCUUAUCCGCCAUCGCAUCUGAAAGACUCAGGAGUGAUGCUACUGCGAGAACACAAGUCGAAGUGUACGUUAAUCACUGGAUAACGACUGGACGAAGAAGAGGUCCUCAACAGCGGAAACAGGCCAUUCAGCUUUACAACAUGCUUGCCUCACGGCGCAACCGCCCACCCUAUGAUGAAACUCACCCGGAGAACACCGACGUUGUGUGGAUUUACGAAGCUUCAUUGCAGGUCAUGGCUCUAUGGAGAGAACGACUAGCAGACAUGCUUGCCGGCAGGAGGAGACUUCUUGACAUAGACCUGGCGGACAACGAAGACUGCUUGCGCCGCAUGGAAGAAGCCGUCGGGUUGAGUCCACCGAGAGGACAGCCGCCACCAGCGGACGAACCCAACACACCGCUAGAGCCAGGGGAGGAAGGAGCCCCGCAAGCAGCCCCCAGAUCCCCGUCACCGGACCCCACUCAGCCCGGUCAAUUCGGUGGCAUCGACAUCAACGACAUCGAGUUCGGCGAGCUCGAGUGGGGCCCGCCAGACGGAUCACCCGCCAUACGACCGUAUGCGUCGCCCGACAGAAACGUCCAGCCCCUCUCGGUGGAAGAGUACAUGAAGGUGGUUUCGCCGUCUGCCAGCGGCGACGGGGGGCCCACGCCAGUACCGGCCGACCCCGUGGGCGGGUUCCAGGAACUGUUGGAGUCGCCGACGCGUGUGGACACGUCGUGGGAGGACUACUUGGUGUGGGAGGCGUCUACCUCCCACACCAGGGACCGGCAAGGACAGGUGGCGGUCCCCGCCCUCGCCCUGGACUCGUCGGAGAGGCCGUCCUUACCGGCGCCGACUCCCGAGGACGACUUCAGCACGGCCAACCCCGAGUUCUUGUCGCUGCUGCUCCAGGGGCCGCACGCCGGCACCCUGACGCCGUUCUUCCAGAUGGAGCUAUACCCGGAUGUGGACCCGGGUUCCCAGUUCCCGGUGGAAACUGUGGGCGGGUCACCUGCACCGACGCCCCUCCUCACCGGGCCGCCAUCGCCGGCGCGCCGGCUGAGCCCGGAGGCCCAGAUGAGCCAAGACAAGAUCGUGAGCGACAUGUCGCAGGAUCUGACCGACAAACUCCCUUCCCCGCAACAGGAGGAGCAGCUGUUCGAGUGGCAGGCUCGCGAGCAGCAGCGGAAGCAGGUCGAGGAUCAGCGCCGGCAAGCCGAGGAGGACCUGACACAGGCCGAUGAGAGGAGACAAAGCAAACGGCCGAUGGAGGAGUCCGGCGAGGCCUCGGCCACGCCGGACGCCGGCCAGGGUACGCCGAGUCAGGGGCGGUGGAGGCGGCGAGCCGACCGUCAAGUUCGGACUUCCGGUCCCGGCGGUCCUUCGAGCCCCAGACGGCUGGAGGGGGACUUUGAGGCACUGGCGCCGGCGGCCGGGGGAGGAGUCCAGGACCCGCGAACGGUGAACGACGAGGCCAUCGCCCGCGAGCACCAGGAGGAGGAGGACCUAAUGGCUGCUCUAGAGAUGGAGGGGCUACAGGCGACGGAGCAAGCCAUGAUGUACGAGGACGCCGGCCGAGAUGAUAUCUGGAACACCAACCCGUCCUGGGCCGGGGAAGGGCCUCGGAUCUCGGACCUCAGGGACCCGGCGGACGAGCGCAUCAACUACGGGCACCGCGCCUGGCCCAUCCUCAACCCCGACAAGUUCAUCAAGGAAAUGAUGGCCUUCUGCUGGCCGGGCGCCAAGGGCUCCGAUAACUAUGUGAAGGACCAGUUCCAGACCCAGCGGACGAAGAAGCUCGUCGAAGAGUUCAAUACCACUGGACUUCCUCAGACCAUGCACGUCGAUAGCAGACACGAACAACCCGAUACUGCUGCUGCUGAGACGCGACAGCCCUUGGACCCUGCAUGGAGAUGCUGGUGCUGGAGGGAUCGGCUCGGCCAGAAUUAUUUCAACGACACGGAUGCUACGAUCAUCCGACGGCUCGGGCCGAUGUGGAUCAACGACUCACAGCUGCUGAUUCACAUCCUCAAAAGGCUUAUCACAGCCAUGUUGAACUUCUAUACCACAGAAGCGCCGGAAUUUGCCAUAAAUAAUCCAGUCCUAGCAGCCAAACCAUAUAGAUACAAGUGGACCUUGGAAUCCGUCGUCAUUUAUGAAAAAAUGCUGGAGAGGCAUGGAACUGAUUUCUGGGGCGGUCAAAACUGGCUUCUCGAUAAAGAGCAAUUCAAGCUCGUUGAGAAUCUGACCGGCAUGAAUAGUAAUUCAAUUCAAAAGAAAAUGCUCAAUCUAAAGUCAAAGAGAACAAAAAUUGUGCCUGUCGAGAUGCGGACACGGACAGUAGCGCCAGAAGUAACAAGGAGGCGAGUUUUCGACUUGGAAGAAAGUCUCUUUUGGGAUGAGUACCUCCUAUCCAGAAGAUUGUUCCUUCCGUGGUUUUCUCACGGCAUGAUCCACAAGAGACACAUUGAGACAUUCAAAAAUCACAUAUGUAAGACAGGCCCAGACGAUCCAACUCUGGAUAAGAAGAUUAGGUACUACGUGUGGCAUUGGAAUGUCUACAAUCGGGCUAGGAGAGGAACACAGCAAAGACAGGAAGCCAUCACGUACUAUAAUAAUAUGCUUGCUCGGCCGCACAAUAUGCCAUAUUAUAGCUUUUCCAACCCGCUCCGAAACAACCCUCGAUGGAUAGUUGAAGCGUCACAAGCGGCAAUGGAGACAUACAGAAGAGAAGUCGAAGAUUUCCGACAGCAGAAUCCCUUGAUUCGGCUAAGUGAUGAUGUCUUCAGAGAUUUGGCUCUCAGACGUGAGGACUUGAAUGAUCCGCAACUUGACGUACAGCCACAAGAAGCACCUGGUGAAGGAGGCGAGAUGACAGUAGACGGGGCUCUGGGCCCAUCGGUGCACUCUCCGCACAGGGGCCAAAGAUCUGACGCCCCUGUACCAACUCAAGAAGAGGUGGAAGGUGAGAUCGAGCUCAAAUGGGAUAAGAACAUAAAGAAAGAACUCACCCCCCAAUUGAAGAGCUUAGCCCAGCAUUACCAUGUCCUGGAGUACUUCCAAGACGUCUUUCCCCCGUACCCGCCUCCUGUAUUUCUCAGAAACCGAUACGCCCCCGCGAAUAAUUCUGCGGCGCGACAAAAUCUCGACGACUCAGACGGAAGUCCGGGCGGCGGCGUUGGAGGAGGUGACUCAAUGUCUUCGGGGUCUGAAGGAGGGCCCUCGGCCGCCACAAAUGCUCCGGGCAGCACGACCAGCUCGGGCAGAGGGACCAGCGCUCCGCGAGGCGGGGCGACUUCCGGGCGGGGCUCCGGGCGAGGAGGAGGAGCAGGAGGAGGCGUCGCUGCUGAAGGGAGGGGGCGGGGCAAAGACCGCACGUCAGCCAGUCAAAGUCAGGCUCGAUCACAGAGCGCUCCACCGGCUCCAGCUGCGGCCGCACCGGCCCAGCCCGCUGCGCCUGGUACACCUGCCCAGCCUGCAGCGGGUGCAGGGAGAGCUCGCUCCCAGGGGCCGCCGGCCGGAAGAAGAGCGGGUGCAGGGAGAGCGGCACCUGGUCAGAGGGGCAGUACGCGGAAUGUUAAACGCGGUGGUCGUUGAUCUUGUCGUCGAUAAUCGCUUCCUGCAUUUGAAGAAGCCAGAAGACAUGGUGCUCGGAGGGAUGACAGACAUUGCUGGAUUCUCCAUGAGUAGCUCAGAGAAUUCGAGCCCCGUUCACGGUUUCUCUUGGCUUCUGUUGGUGUCCACCUCCCAACAAUCGACGAUGUGUUUGGGUCUGUGGGGUUUUCGUGCAGUCAUCGUCUCAGAGACUGCAGUAGGAGUAGAAGGUGGUGGUGCUCUUGGCACCCAGAACAGGUGGCUGUGUGCGUGUAGUCCGACGGCUUGCAGGGGCCUUCUUCUCUUCCAUCGAUCAAACGAAAGUCCGAUAUUAUUCUGAAAGAGAUCCGUAUGUUGCAAAUGAAACUAAACCGGCCUAGAAGUAAUCUGAACCUAGAGUCAGUAGGAUUCGCACCUGAAAUCAAUUCGUAAAACUUCGAAUUGAAGAUUCAAUGAACCUGAAAAUCAUGUUUGGAUUUGGUCAGGUACUGCAGACAUCUUAGUGAAUAAUAUCGGUUGAGAUUGGCAUUCUGCUGCUACGAUUCUGUAUAAAUGUGG